GACUGACGGGGGGGAGGGCAAGGACAUGUCGUCAAGGCUUUAUUUGAAAGCGGGGGAGCGCCCUGCGAUUGGCCGUCCCCCACGCCUGUUCGGUGCUGAUGCUCCUCGGGGAGGGAAGAGGAGCCAGCGGCCCCCCCCCCCCCCCAUCCCCUGUUGCCAGUCCUCCUUCGCCAGCUUUCGAGGCGGGAGCCAUCAUCAUGGGAGGCGUUUAAGCUCAUAGGAGGAGGAGCUGGGGGGGGAAGGGGGAGGUAAGGCGAUAUUGCUAGUCGAAAUUAGUCAAACAGAAGGGGGGGGGGGGGGAAGAAAAAAAAGAAAAAAAAAAAAAAAGAAAAGAAAGAAAAUCUUCUCCAAUGAAUCUCCGAUUCAUCGGCGGGGCCCCGCCGCCGAGGUAUUUAGAGCGCAGCCCGCCGGGGGCUCCCCGGCUACCAUGACCCGCCGGAUAAGGUGCACUGUCCGCUUUCGGCUCGCCCGCAGCCCCUGCCGGGCCCAGGCGCUGUGUUGCCGCAUCCUCCGCGGUGGCGGAGGGGAUGCGGCGCGGAGCUGGCUGGCCCGGAGGCUGGCCCGGUUGCUGGCCCGGCGGCUGGCCCGGUUGCUGGCCCAGUGGAGGCGGUGCCGCGGGAGCCUCAGACAAGGUGAUGAUGCUGGGCAGCCCGCGGGUGGCGGAGCUGCUGCUGCAGCGCGGCGCCGACCCCAACCGCCCGGACCCGCGCACCGGCUGCUUCCCGGCGCACGACGCGGCCCGCGCCGGCUUCCUGGAGACGCUGGCGGCGCUACACAGGGCAGGGGCGCGCCUCGACCUGCCCGAUGGCAGCGGCCGCCUCCCCCUCGACGUGGCGGCGGGGGGCCCCCACGGACCCGUGGCCAGGUUCCUCCGCCACCCGCCGCCCCUUCCCGCCGCCGCCCAGGUAGCCGGGCUGGCCGCGGAAGGGGCUGAGCGCUGAUCCGACCCCCGCGUCCCCGCCGCAGCCCCUGGCAGCGUUCCCUGCCUCUCUCCCCCCCUCGAUCGCCGAGACCCUCUCCGCUUCCCCGUCUCCGCGGCAGGUCCCGUCGUCCCGCAGUCUUGGCCAGCAGCGAGCGCCCAAGGUUGGCUGUGCUCUCCGGGAGCCCGGAGGCUGGAGAAGGUGUUUCACUGUCCCUCUGCCCCAGAGCUCCCCCCACUCACCCCCGGGCACUCCGUGUCCCGCUUCUGCUAGCGACGCAUGCUGAUGCAUUUUCUAAGAAAAAGCUUAAAGAACCAAAGCUCUUCUGCGGGCACCGCGCGUUGUCUUCUUCGGCCCUGCCGGCUCUCCGGAGGGCAGCGGACAAGCAGCUAACUGCUCUC